AUGAUUUUCUGGAUCCUCAUAGCGGCCAUUUUGAUUUGUGCACUUGUGGUUUACCUCCCAUAUUCGGCUGGCUUGACUCAUCUCGAGAGAGACUCCAAGAAACCCAAGACUGAAGUGAAAACGAAAAGAAACGAAUACGAUGGCUACAUUCCUCCUGAUGAAUUGUUGAGACAAGAGGAAGAGGAAAAUGAGAGAAAGGGACUUAGGGCAAGUGCAUCGGCGUUGAAGGACCGCAUGAAUGUGACCAGUGAAAAUGUUCCAAUUAAGAUUAGAUUGAACCAAGAGGGUGUGUUGAGAAGACGUCACGAAAAGGUGAUCAGCGAUGGUGAUCCAAACAACUACGAUUACGACUUGGACGAAUUGAUCGAAGAGGAGACUCGUGGUGCCGCAGACAGACUGGAGAAGGAGUUUUAUUCAAAGGAGCAGGUUGGAGGAGACAAGGAAGCCAUGGUUUAA